CGCUGAGUACUUGCAGAUGUUUGCUGGCGAGCGGGACGAGACACUCGGUCUUCUAACGCUGCGCGUUCCCCGGGUCGGCUUUGUUUAAAGACCAGACGAUCAACAAAAUGAGAAUUCAAGCGAGAGCAUUGUAUUAUUUUGUAGAAGGUUGUGUGUUCUCUCGGUCAUACAGAGAACAUUUGUCCCAGGUAGACUCCGAACUGAGUCCAUCAGGGAGUCACAGCUUCUCACUCUUAUUAGCACCAUGUGUAGAAGCUUGUUUGACCUUUGUCCCACUGCAUGGAAGACGGGCUGCUGUUUAAACCCUUUCAUUGCUCCACACCCAUCGGGAACACAAACAAAAGCUGUGAAACCUGAGCAGGGAACAUCUUGUAAAUCCCAAAGCGCUUGUAAACCUCCUGGGAAUCAGUUCUCACACGUAGAGACUUGUGUAAUCCGGAAAUACCUGAAGUUAUGUAAGUCUGAAGAGCAGAAAACCCUCAUAGUGAUGUGCGUCGCCUUUCUAUCGACUGCUGAAGAGAAUCGUUUUCAGGGAUGUACCGACCGGCCUUGGCGGCACUCGCGGUGCUGCUCUGCUCCUCACUCCCGGUGAACGGAGGGAAAAUCUUAGUGGUCCCCGUGGACGGAAGCCACUGGAUCAACAUGAAAGUCCUCGUCGAGGAGCUCCACGCCAGAGGCCACGAGAUCACAGUGAUGAGGUCGUCCGACAGCUGGUACAUCAAGCCCGAGUCCCCCCACUACCGGUCCAUCACGGUAAACUCCUCUGCCGGGUUCGACGAGGAAGGCUUCGGGUUGUUUGUAGACACAAUGAUGAACAUGCGGCGGAAAGGCGCCUCGCUCUGGGCUCGCAUUUCUCUGGAGUUUGAACUGGUGGAGAAGUUCUAUCAGAUGAAUAAAGAGGUGAUUGAGAUGGUGGGGAAGAUGUUUGAGAACACCAAACUGAUGCAGAGCCUCACCGACGCCAAAUACGACCUGUUCCUGACGGACCCUGCCAUCGGUGCGGGGGUGCUUCUGGGUCACCGCUUGGGUCUUCCUCUCGUCUUCAACGUGAGGUGGACUGUCCAGGGGGAGGGGCACCGUGCCAUUGCGCCUUCGCCGCUGUCGUACGUCCCAAUUCCAGGCGCAGAGCUGAGCGACAAGAUGACGUUUCCCCAACGGGUCAAGAACCUGCUUUACUUUUUCUUCACCUGUUUCCAGACAUGGUAUGUCACGGAUUCAAACUACAAGCCCUUCGUCCGCCGUUACUUCGGAGACGAUGUGCAUUACAUGGAGCUGUUUCAGGCGGCGGACAUCUGGCUGAUGCGGAACGAUUUCACCUUUGAGUUCCCGCGACCCACAAUGCCCAACGUCGUCUACAUGUCAGGAUUCCAGUGCAAGCCCUCCAAGCCGCUGUCUAAAGAACUAGAGGACUUUGUCCAGAGCUCUGGUGAACACGGCGUCAUCGUUAUGACAUUGGGAACCCUGGUGGCCAAACUUCCCGAGGACAUCACGGAGGAAAUCGCCGCCGCUUUCGCCCAACUUCCUCAGAAGGUGAUUUGGAGGCACAAAGGCAAAAGACCCUCCACCAUCGGCAACAACACCUUACUGCUGGACUGGCUGCCUCAAAACGACCUCCUGGGCCACCCAAAGACCAGAGUGUUCGUGGCCCACGGGGGUACCAACGGGAUCCAGGAGGCCAUCUACCACGGGGUGCCCCUGGUCGGCCUGCCCCUCAUGUUCGACCAGCCGGACAACUUCUUCAGGAUGAAGACGAGAGGCGUGGCCAAAGUCCUGGACAUCGCGACCGUGAACAAAGAAAACUUCCUGGAGGCUCUGAAGGACGUACUGUACGAUCCGACCUACAUGGAGAAGAUGAAGGUGCUGUCCGGCCUGCACCGCGACCAGCCCAUGAAGCCGCUGGACCGGGCCAUGUUCUGGAUCGAGUUCGUCAUGAGGCACAAGGGGGCGGCACACCUGAGGACGGACUCCUACAAGAUGUCAACGAUCCAGUACCACUCGAUUGACGUGGUGGCGUUUCUGCUGGCGGUUAUUCUGCUCGUAUUUGCCGUUUUUGUUUGUGCAGUUAUGUUUUUGUGGCGAAGAGUUUUCUCCGGAAGCAAAGUCAAAAAGGAAUGAAGAAUGAGCCGCUGGACAGUUAAAUAGAAGAAAACACUCGAGUGUUCUUACAUCAGUAACUUAACGUGCCUCAGUGUGUCGCUAAAAGGAAUCACAAACCUUAUAUUACCCAACGAUUUCAGCCCAGAGGUCCCGUUUACGUUGUUUUUGCUUGUUUUGUUUGUCGGAUAGCAGAAUACCUCAAACAUCCGUAAAUAAUUUACAAUGACAUUUUGGUGUUGGGUCGGUGAUCAGUUCUCAUUCAAUACACAGGAAUAUACCUUUUGCGGGCAUUUAAAAAACACAUAAAUAAUAAUUCCUAAUAACCACUGCACUCAAUUUAAUGGAAUUAAAUAUGAUUCAUUUUAUAAAAACAGUGCGACGUGUAUCUUGUGAUUAUCUAUGAAAUUAUUGAAAAUGUUUCUACAAAUGUGUGUUUUUGAAAUAAUGAUUUCAGGCUGUAAAUAAACAGUACCAAAAUGA